AUGACCGACUUCCUCAUAACACAUGGCCCAGCAGAGACAGACAAUCAAACUGCUCCUCAUGGUGACCAGAGAGCCUGGAGCCUAGAAAACCUACCAGAUAUCCUCUACGUUCUGAGACCCAGGCACGAUUACCGCAAAUCGAGGCAUCGUGUCCCGAAAGCCAGCGACAGAAUCUUUGGGAAGGAAACCAAUGAUUUCUCGGUCCUUCCUUGCCAAAUAUCUUCAAAAGUUGAAGGGUGGAGGCUGGAGGCUUGGAUGCGUAUGGACCGCCGCAUCACGGAGCAAGAUAUCAUCGACCGUGUGAAUCCCAAAUACAGACUGACUGCUGAUGAGAUUGAGCUCCGCAGAGAGAAUUUUCGAAGCAUCUUUCAUGUCGCCAAUUGGGGGUCGCAGAAGUCUAUCUGGACUCUUGACCGAAUGCUCAAGGAUGCGGGGAUUGACCCCGAGAACAACUCCACCAGAGGCUUGACGCCUGGAGAUCCUUGGGACUCUUUCGCUGCGGACUUCCAAUACCCAGACCCAGAGGACUUAACCACCUGCGGAGAAAUGCUUACUACUAUCGAGGAUGAAGUUGAUGGUAAUGAGAAUGACAAUGCUACAUGCAGUAUGGCCUUGGAGACAUAUCUUGAAAAGAGCCAAAUGUCCUACGAGGUUUGGCUUCUGCGCGGUUACAGCAACAUUUACGAUGAUACCAAUUUGCAGCGCGCACAUACUGAGGAAUCUGAUAUCGAUGAAUUCGGCAUUCUCAAAUCCAACUACAAGCGAAGCCAUAACGUUGAAGCGAGCAUUGAGAUCUCGGCGGACACUGAAAAUAGUCACAAGCGCAAGAACGACGAGCAGACGGAUACUCAGUUGGUGCACGGAGAGGAUAGCCCGAAACGCAGACGUAUUGUUUCCCCAGAGACGGAUAUUCUGUACCAGCUCAAACCAACGGAGGAAAACGAGCGAAAGGGUACGGAGAAGCCGCCCAGAGCUAGAAAGAUCAACGGCAAGUCUAUGAAAGAUUUCGCGGUUCUACCUGAUCGUAUCUCUUCCGAUGUUGAGGAAUUUCGUGUGGAAGCUUGGAUGCGUCUUGAUCGACGAAUCCAGCUCCAUGAUAUCACGGAUCGCAUGACGAAGGGGUUCGGUAUCAAAACGAACGCUCUUCAGCAGCGGAACGUCAGGUUCCGAAAGGAUUUCAAUCUCAUUGCUUGGGGAUCUGGGAACAAAGCCAGCCUCCAUCUGGAGGAAAUCCUUGUUGCCAAGAUGAAGGCCAACGGGAUUGACCCGGCUGGCAACUCGACUCGAGGAUUAACUCCCGGUCUCAUCCAUCCCGAACUCGGCGAAGCUGGCGGCCGCAUUCCCCUCCCCGACGAUUGGCGCACUGGAAAGCGAGGCCACCACGGGCUCGUAGCGCAACCAGCUAUAGAGGAAGCCCCUGAGCGUGAGGAAGACGUACCCAUGGACGAUGCAUCUGUUAGUGACGAGUCCUCUGAGGAUGCCCUUUCCACCCAACCCACAUCCCAAUCAGGCUUCUUGGACGAGGAUGAUAACCUCUCUUUCAAUGAUCUUGUUGCAGCCAGACCCCCUCUUACUCCACGAGAGGCCUCGCUUACUUCUUCGAGAGAACCUUCUUCGCCUUCCAUGGACUUUUUCACGGAUGAAUAUCUCUCCACGACUGCCAACUUCCCGGUUCUAUGUCAAAAUGAGCCUGACUUGGCUUCGUCUGACGAAGAAGCCUUUGAUCUACCCGAACAGACUUCUGAGGCGCUCAGAACGACCUCCGCACUGAAGGUCAAACGCCGCUCCCCGUUCAAGAAGUCUCGAUCAUUCUGCGAUUUCGAAUGCACUAAUGGGGAUAUCAUUAAUAACUCCCCCCCUGGCCCCUACCACACCUGCAUCAACGCCCCCCAUGCCACAUACUCCGAGAGCAACCUCCCCCCAAUCCUCUUCCGCUUGGAAGCUCCCGCAUCCGACGACCUCCCACCGCUCCAAGACCUAACCGAACACGGCCAAGUCAUCAAAGACCACGACGGCCAGCCGCUCCGCAACUUCCCCUUCCUCCCCCGCUACAUCUCCAUCCGGCCCGUCGCCUGGCUCCUCGAGUACUGGAUGCGCACCGACCCCCGCCUCACAUACCGCGACAUCAAGGCGCGCAUGCCCGUCCCGCCCCACGAAAGACCGCACGAUAACUCCCUCAGCAUGCGCCGCGAGCGCGAAUGCCGCCACCCGCUCGGCCUCUCCUGCUGGACAACCCGCUGCAGCACCAUCGGCCGACGCGAAGUCGAGCGCGUGGCGCGCUGGUCGCCCGACCAGCUCCAGUACAAUACCACCAUGCGCAUCGAGUAUCGGCGGGGACCCGGCGGUGUGUCUGCUCCGACCAGGCUGCGGGCUGGAGCCCUGCUGGAUGGUGUGCCGGUGUACUACCCGCUUGACUUGUUUCUGGAUGGAAGGGAGGCUCACGUGCCUGGUCCGAGGAUUGGGGAUGCCAUGAGCUUGUUCUGGCAGCUGUCGGAGAGGGCGGCGCAGCUUCGUUUGGGGAGUUGGGGGUCUCUGCCUGUGGAGGAGUUGCCGGAGGCGUGGCGGCGGAAGAGGGCUCGUGAGAGUACUAGUGAGGAUGGUGGUGAGGAGGCCGAUGCGUGGUAG